AUGUUAAAUCCACCGAUGUCUGGAUUCGAGAUCGCUGGUAUAGUCCUGGGGACACUUCCCCUCGUCGUCACAGCCUUGGAAGCCUACAGCAACUUCUUACGCGAUUGGGGCAAGGCUCCGGCGGAGCUGAGGAGCCUCAACCGACAAUUAUCCACUGAACGGGUGAGACUGUGCAACGUCUGCGAACAGCUCAUCAGCGAUAUUGUAUCGCAACGAGAUAUUGAGCCGAUGCUUCAGGAUCCAUUUGGACCUCUCUGGCAGGCCAAGGAGACCAACGACAGGAUUCGGCGUAGGCUAUGGGACUCGUACACCCCGUUUGAAGACACGGUCAAGGAAGUCGGAGAAGCCUUGGACAGUGUGAUGCUGCGGCUUAGAAUUGACGUAUCAUCCGAUGGGACGGUCCAAUGGAUUGACCGCAAACGAGUCACUCGCGAUUUCAAGAAGCUGCUUUACCGCCUGAACAGAAAGGACUAUCAAGAAGCUCUAGAAACCAUCUCCAAAGGCAUUACAAGUCUUGAGGGCCUGACGCAGCAGAGCGUUGGCCUUGAGCCCAGACGCCGGAAGCAGUCUCGAUGCAAGGUGUUCAAGGUCUUGCGGGACCUCUCAGCAAGCUUCUAUCGAGCUUUAUGCUCUAGCAUUCUUUGUACCGAUUCUCACGACGUCAGUCUCGAAUUGGCGACGCGAUUCAUAGAGGUUGGGCAUGAGUGCGACGAUGAGAAGAUCAUCCAGGAUGCUCAAUUCAGACUAGCUAUUUCCUUUGAAGUUGCCAAAGGCCCGACGAGCAAGAUGUUCUGGGAUGAAGUCAAUAUCAAGGCUAUUUCCGUAUCAAUGGCCGUGCCGGCCGCGACAUGUGUUGUGGCUACCAAGGCUAAGAGUUCGAAGCGCGUCUCCUUUAGCAUUGAUCGGGCGCUAUCUCGCUUGAAUCUCACGGAAACUGCUACGGAAGUCAAGCCCAACGUCAAGACUGCCAUGGCGAUCUUAGCUCGCCCCGCUACCGACAUUGCUUUUAUCAAGUGUCCUGAAGAAACCAGCACCAUACCGACGAUAAGCCCUCUGGACCUUUGUCUGGCUCUGAAAAAGGCCCACCAGGAGAGACCUGCUUGUUACGGCCACUUGAUUGACCAAGAAUACAGCCACCGUCACUUUCGGGUAUGCCCGCUCGGACCGGUGAUUGACAGCGAUGGUUGGUCGAUAGUGACACUCGAAGAUGUUCUUGAGGGCAAGCAGGGUCUUCGGCCAUUAAUAUCGCUGGCGGAGAAAGUCAGACUGGCACUCGUCAUCGCCUCCAGUGUGCUGCAGCUGAGCAAAACGCCCUGGCUUCCCGAUGCUCUAACGCCAGGCAACGUGCAUUUCUUCAGACGUGGAGACACGCUCUCCUACGAGCAUCCGUUCCUACAGAGGAGGCUGCCUGAGUGUUCACUGAAGCGCCUCAAUAAUACUGCGGACAGCAGGGGCAACUCUUUAUCGAGCAACCCAACGCUCCUUGCACUCGGCAUGCUGUUACUGGAGAUUAUUCUUGGUUCCUCACUUAGACAGCUACAGAUACAAGAUGAGAAGAGUCUUGAUGGUGAUAAUGAUGGCCUAAUUCAGGACCUGACUGUCGCAAAUCGGAUGCUGGAACAGAGAGUGGCCUGGAUCAACCCGGCGUAUAAGGCAGUGGUCGAACGGUGUAUAGGAUGUACGGAUUCUAAAGAGCUUGAUGAGGAUGACUUUCGACAGACGGUGUAUAAUGGUGUUGUGAUGGAGCUGGAAGCCAUCUGGGAACACACAAAGCUUGGAAUUGCAUUUGGCUUCGGCAAUGAGAUCAUGCGUGCUACUAUAGCCAUGCGGGACGAGAUCAACGAGGAGAUAACAGAGCAACAAAUAUCGGGUACUGAAGCGGAUCCCCAGCACCAGUCCACAUUCACCAGGCUUCUGCCUCGCGAAAUCCGAGACAAGAUCUAUCUUGAGCUAUGGCGCUCCUGUGGUCUCCGCCAACACAUCAUCUGGCAUCGUAACAAAGAUGGCAAAGCGAAAUCUCACUUCUGCCGCUGGCGAUGCACCACGUCAUUUUCUGUACAAGACGAGCUCCAAGAAACGAUUGAUACCACAAAGAUUCAACUCGGUAUCCCACUGGGGGGUAGCUUCAGCAAUAAGGCUUAUGCCCUGCAGCUCUAUUCUGCUUGGAAGAACCACUUCGCGUGUGGUCAGCGCAUCGCGGAGGUCUAUGGAGAGGGUGCCGAUCCUGGGAUUCGAACGUGUUCUUCUCUAGGGCCAUGCUGGAGAAGCCAUAGCUUGAGCUCGGAGAAGUUGUCGACAUGUAGCGCAUACAUGAACGUUUUUGCUCUCAACAUGUUUGUCGGUUUCUGCAAGGUGCCAGACCUAUGGAAACAGGAGGUCGAGGGAGCCAUUUCGCCGCCAGCCUUUCGCACCUACGGCAGACAUCUUGAGAUAUCGUUAGAGCCAGUUUUCCCUAUGCUGUUACCCUGCUCAUCGCCCACUCUAUCGCCACUGCCCGGAGAGCGUCACACAUCUCUCGAUUUUCAUGGGCUUCGCCUCGAUAUUUUGGAGAAUCUCACGACCCUGAAUAUCUGGGUACCCGCCCGCUGCACGGAAUUAUUGCUAGACAAAAAUGCAGAUAACAUCGAUCAGAGCCCCUACAAUAUCACUCAGUUAGACUUUGAGUCUCUCAAAGAGGCCUUGUCAUCCCUCAAUCACGUGAGAAACGUCACUUUGAGUAUGCCUCUGACCCAGGUGUCUGAGCCGGAAGACGGUUAUGUCGUUGAUGAUGCACACCUACGAAUAUGGCGAAGGGGUGCGGGGGUUAGAUUCCAUCCAUCUUUAUUGCCAGUGAUUGAGGUCGAACGCUUGAGUAGUAAUGUUUAUUCGAGCACAGAUAGAUCGGUUAAGCUGGCGUAUAAUCCACAAUCAGAAACCAGCGUUCAUUAUUCAGUACUUGACACUCCUACGUUCAGUGAGGCGGUACCGUCACGACGUUGGGGUGUAGCUCGACUGGUUGAUAGAACCUUCCAGGGCGUUAGCGGAACUUAA